AUGGGGACACAUAUCAGUCGUGUUAAAUCAGUGGACCUAGACUCCUGGACCGAUGAGCAGCUACAAAGCAUCAUGAAGUGGGGGAAUGCGAGAGCAAACAAAUAUUGGGAAGAUAAAUUGAACCCUGGGCACGUUCCCUCCGAAGCGAAGAUAGAGAAUUUCAUUCGAACAAAGUACGAGUCGAAACGAUGGGUGAUGGACGGCCCGAUGCCCGAUCCAUCCACCUUGGAGGUAGAAGGCGAUGAGGACGUGCCUCUAGCAGUUAUCCAGGAGAAGGCGAAGCUAGAACGAUCUGCCUCUCAACAGCAAAGUUCUAGUCGUCCCCGGCCCGCGCAAGCCCAGCAGCCAGCCGUGAAUUUCUUCGACGAUGAGCCUCCAAACCCACCAUCCAGGCCCAGGACUACCGAUCUACCGGGUUCCCGACCUACUCCUCCUCCCCAGUCCACAACUGCUCAAAAGCCUAACAAACCAGCAGAUUCCUUGCUUGGGUUAGAUUUCUUUGGCCCUAGCCAACCUAGUGGGGGGCCUAACAGGCCGGCAAGCACACCGGGUGGAAAUUCUCCCAGUACAGGCCCAUCAAGACCUGAUCUGAAGCAGUCAAUCUUAUCUCUCUAUGCGUCAGGCCCUCCAAAGCCCCAAGAACCUCAGCAGCACGAACGGAAUACGUCGUUCAGCGGAUUCUCGUCCCCACAACCUCAGCAGGCCCCCAAACCUGACGCCUUCGGUGGACUUAGCGAUGCUUUUAGUGGCUUAAGCUUCCCUUCAACUACAUCUCCCCCCGUCCCUAGGCAACAACAGUCGUCGUUCUCCGCAUUUGACAGCCUUACCAGCUCUAAGUCUCCGCCUGCUGCUCCGAAGGUCUCUUCACCCUCCAUUUCUAGCAACAGCAGUUUCUUUAACGACACUCCAGCCCAGGUGAAUGCAAAGCCACGCCAGGUCACCUCGCCGCCCCUUGCAAACAAUUUCGACUUAAUGGGUGCAACAGUUGGAUCAACGAAGGCACCGGCUGCACCGCCCAGCGCGUCUAACGAUAUGUUUGAUCUUUUCUCCUCCCCAACACCACAGGCAACCACCACUACCACCACCACCACUGCAUCACCCCCACUUGCAUCCCCUAGCCAAAACUCUGUCUUCAAUCUUACCUCACCGCCACAACAACCAGCCGUAAGGUCGCCCCCUGCCAACGUCGUUAGCCCUUCAAACGCAUUCUCUGCCAGUACCAUGGACCCUUGGGGAGGGAAUGCAUGGGGCGCAGCCGAGCCAUCACCUCCAGCUGCCUCAAAAGCAGCAUCGGCGAUGAAGGUCCCCGAUACCUUGACCGCCAACGAUAUAGGUAGCGGCUGGGGAGCUCCAUCGCCAGCUACAUCUAAACCAACGCCAGCAGUCGCUGCUGAUGAGGACUUCGGCGGAUGGGCCGACCCAACUCCAGCACCAAGCAAGAAUGGUAAUAACCCUCCUAGUAAAGGUAAAUCUGGUGGAUUUGGUGGUGGUGACGACCUAUUUGCAAACGUUUGGGAGUGA